GCACUCCUCACUAGAUGAGCUGCUGGAGCAGAGGAGAUGGGCGAGCUCCAGAUGAGCCCAGCACCAGGUGAGAUCGUCGGAGGCCGGGAAGCCCAGCCCCACUCUAGACCCUACAUGGCCUGUCUGGAAAUACAAUGCAGAGACAAGAGAGUUCGCUGUGGAGGGUUCCUGGUGGCAAAGAACUUCGUGCUGACGGCCGCUCACUGCAAUGGAGACAAGAUCAAUGCGUACCUGGGAGCCCAUAACAUUAAUCAACGGGAACCGAGCCGACAGAAUAUCUCCGUGAGCCUCCGGAUCCCCCAUCCACAAUACAACAGUGAGACCUCUAACAAUGACCUCAUGCUGCUGCAGCUGGAGCACAAGGCAAAGCUCAAUGAACAGGUCGGGCUCAUUCCUCUCCCGGCUCAUCAGGGAGUGCAACCAGGGACCAUGUGCAGUGUCGCCGGCCGGGGCCGGACGAGCGCACACAAUAAGGUGCUCCCCCAUACACUCCAGGAGGUGGAUUUGAAGGUGCUAGAUGAUCAAGCGUGUCUGAAGUAUCCUGGUGGGACAUAUUAUAAAUAUAACACCUCCAUGAUGAUGUGUGUGGGGGACCCAAAGGAGAGCAAAGCCUCUUUUAAGGGUGACUCUGGGGGCCCCCUGUUGUGUGGGAAAACAGCCCAGGGCAUUGUCUCUUGGGGGCCUGCCACUGGGAGGCCCCCAACGGUCUACACAAGAGUCUCCACCUUCAUCCCCUGGAUAUGGACCACGAUGAGGAGGCUGCAGCCCUGAGCCGUGUUGGGAAUCACUAUGUGGGCAGGAUCUGCGCCGCUUCUGCCCUUUGCAUUGGCCCAGAUGCAGGGGCUGCUUUGCAGAGGGGCUGAGUCCCCCCAGGCUGAUCUCCCCCACCCCAGACACCGCUCCUCUCAGGCAGUGCCCCACCCAUGAGCAUCAAGGGAAGGAGCCUCGGAGAGUUAGGAACCAUGUUCAAUUCGAACUCCCACAUCUCCCUUGGCAAUCCCAACCCAGGCCCUUAGGCUGUGUCUUUGCUAGGGAACCAGCUGGUUUAUUUACCCUGGGGUAAUGGACAUGAUCCAAACCCUGGGGCAGACCCGUCGGUUUGUAGCUCUCCCCCAUGUCAGCCAGUUGAGUGACCGUUUAUGGGAGAUCCUCGUCAUUACCUGACCUGCUAACUCCUGUUAAAACUGCAGCCUGCCCUGUCCUCACUGGGCCUUUUCCAUAUGUUAUUUCCCCCGGGGUAGCCACUGCCCAUUUCAAAGACACCUGUUCCCAGCACCGACAAGGAGAGCGGGAGUUUGUUCAUGGGAAGGGAAAUUAUACACCAAACUGAUUUCAGCUGAAAUGACAGCUCUGAGCACCUCCCUCUAACCUCUACUGCCCUGCCCAUCCACACAGCCUGGUGCAUUUCACUCACUGCUUCUUAGCCAGCAAUGAGUAAAAAUAAAGUUGCAAAACAA